AUGUAAUUAAUAUAAAAAAUUCUUUGUUAACAAAAUUGCUAGUUAAAUGUCCGAUCAGCGUCUAUUGCAGUAUGAUAUCAAAUGGGAUCAGUUUGAGGGCAAGCCCAUAACCGAUAUACACUUUAAAAACUAUGAGCUGGUGGUGGAGUUUAUGUGGAAUACUUCGUUUCAAACAAAUGUUGUAUUCAAGGGCUUGGGAUUUACGGAGCUGCCCGAAAUGAAAAAGAUAUAUACAGACUAUGUAAUGCAUAUAUUGAGAAAUGAAUGCUCUGUGAUGAUGUUGAACGAAAGUGAAACUGAAAUUGAAGCUGUAGCGCUGCUGGAGUGGAUGACAGAGGAGUGGCAUUCAUGGGUAUAUCUGCCCAGCUGCGUGCCCAAGUGUCUGUUUCAGCAGCUGAUUAUGCUGCGCAAGGAGCUGAUCGAACGGACUGCCACGACACUGGAGCUGGACAACUUCGAUAGCUUGAUGGUGCAUGAGCUGGGCUUUCCCGAGGAAUUGUACUACAACAAUGACUUUCAAAUGUGUCUCUUCGACGUCUUUGGCGCCGUCGCUCAGCAUUUUCAUAUGCCGCGCGUUUCGUUUAUUGCGCUUUCGCUGCGCGAUCAAUACGCAGCCGAUUUGGCUGCCUAUACAGAAUAUGGACGCUCCAUUUACUCAAUUUAUAAAGUGGGCAAUACGCGUCCGUUCGAUGUGCUGCGUGAGUUGGAUGAAAUGUAUGCGCUGCUCUUUGUGCUGCCAGUGGAACCGAUUGUGUUCUAUGAGCAUAUGCCUGGCUUUGAGGAAUUCCAGGAGGCGCUCAAGGCAAAGCUCAGAAAGGAGCAGGAGGAGAAAGAGGAGUUGAUGUAGUAUUUGCUUAAGUUUAAAGUUAUGGCAUAAAAAAUAAAUUAA